AUGUCUGAACAAGAAAAGAAGGAAGACACUUUAUUCCAAACAGUCGGUGAAGCCGCUCAAGAAAUCCAAGAUGAAACCACCGCACCAGACGAUGGUGUCACAGCAACAGGUGCUGAAGAUGCUAUGGGCCACCCUGUUCAAGAAAUCGAAUCCCUUUGUAUGAAUUGUCAUAAAAAUGGUACUACGAGAUUAUUAUUGACCUCCAUCCCAUACUUCAGAGAAGUUGUAUUAAUGUCAUUUGAAUGUCCUCAUUGUGGAUUAAAAAAUUCUGAAAUUCAACCUGCUUCUACUAUUCAAGAAAAGGGGGCUAAAUACCUUUUGAAAGUGGAAUGUAAAGAAGAUUUUAACAGAGAAGUUAUUAAAUCUGAAACUGCUUCAUGUAAAUUUGUUGAAUUAGAUAUUGAAAUCCCACCAAAGAGAGGUCAGUUGACCACAGUAGAAGGGUUAUUAUCGGAAAUGAUUGAUGAUUUACAAAGUGAUCAGGAAAUGAGAAAGAAGAUUGAUGAAAAUUUGUAUAACCAAAUUGAUGCAGUUAUUAAGAAAGUGAGGUCUUAUAUUAAUUGUGAACCAAACACUGUCCCAUUGACAUUCAUAUUGGAUGAUCCAGCUGGGAACUCUUGGAUUGAAUAUAAACCAGGUGAACCCCAACAUAAGUGGUCUUCUACACAAUAUGUGAGAUCAGAUGAACAAAAUGUUCAAGUUGGUAUCUUGACUGAAGAUCAAUAUGAACAACGUCGUAGGGCUAAACUAGCUGAAUUAUCUAAACGUGAAAGAAAUAAACCUGAAUCAGUUAAGAUAGGUACAGGUGAUACAGAAUUUUUAUCAGAUGCAACUGAUAUUGAAAAUUUCAGUAAUGAAGUUCAAACUUUUAGAUCUUCAUGUCCUUCAUGUACUACUGAAUGUGAAACUCAUAUGAAACCAGUUAAUAUUCCUCAUUUUAAAGAAGUCAUCUUAAUGUCCACUGUUUGUGAUCAUUGUGGUUAUAAAUCAAAUGAAGUUAAAACUGGUGGUGCCAUUCCAGAAAAAGGUAGAAAAAUUACUUUAUAUUGUGAUGAUCCAGCCGAUUUGUCCCGUGAUAUCUUAAAAUCUGAAACAUGUUCCAUGACCGUCCCAGAAUUACAUUUAGAUAUUCAAGAAGGUACACUUGGUGGUAGAUUUACCACUUUGGAAGGGAUUUUGAAACAAGUUUAUGAUGAAUUGGAAUCUCGUGUUUUUAGUCAAACUUCUGACUCCAUGGAUGAAGCCACCAAAGAACGUUGGGUAUCAUUCUUCGGUAGAUUAAAAGAAGCUAUAGCGGGUAAAGUUAAAUUCACAGUAAUAAUGGUCGAUCCAUUAGCUGGUUCUUAUAUUCAAAAUGUUUAUGCUCCAGAUGCUGACCCAAAUAUGACAAUCGAAGAUUAUGAAAGAACAAAAGAGCAAAAUGAUGAAUUAGGGUUAUCUGACAUAAAAGUUGAUCAAUAG